UAUCCCACAGAUCAGAAGAGAGGAUACACAGUGGAAGAUUUCUUUGGUGGAGAUAACAAUAUUACAGGAUGGAGCCCGGGUCUCAUAAACUCUACCAUUUACACGGCUUCCACUCCCGGAAUUUGCUAGACACGUACUGUUCCAGUAAAACAGAAAUGCCCUUUGCUCAUGAGGCUUUAACGUAUCCUAUGGAGAAAUUUCACAAUUCUUUUUCCUCAGGUGACUUUAGGGGAGACGUGUUGAUUGACAUCAGUAUUGGUCCCAUCAUACAACAUCUUUAUGCAGCGCAGGAAUAUUUCAGAGAUAUCAUCCUUCUCAAGCCUACUGAGCACUGUAUUGUAGAAGUGAAAAAAUGGACAGACAGCCGAACCGGAGCAUUUGAUUGGUCACACACCACUACACUUGCUACAGAAUUGGCGGGAAAGAGUGACCAAUGUGAGGAGAAGGAAGUCAGACUCAGGGCGGCAAUUACACAUGUUGUAAAAUUCGAUCUCAACAAGGAAAAUCUCACAGACCCAAUUGGGCUACCACAAGCCGACUGCCUUCUGUUCUUUUGUAUUCCGGAAACCAUCAGCAAAGACCUUGAAGAAUUUGUGAGAAACUUCAGGAAAUUCUCAAAGCUUCUAAAACAUGGCGGGCGCAUUAUGUAUUAUGGAGGUUUAAAUUGCACAUUCUAUAUGGUUGGGGGAGAGAAGUUCCAUUCUGUAAAGUAUAAUGAAAGUGACUUGAGAAGUAUGCUUAGUAAUGAGGGGUUUGUUAUCACCCAUUUGGAGGUUUCCCAAAGAAAGGCUGUGACUGAUCUGUCUGAUUUUGAUUCAGUUGUGUUCUGUACAGCUUAUAAAGAACAGAAGAUUUAGGCCUCAUUCACACCAUUGUGUUAGAAAGUUCACAUGAAUUUCAUGAAUAAACAUGUGUUUUUAGUGCAAUUUAAUGUGUAACGUUAAAAUGUAAUACAAGGCAAAAUGUGGGUGGGAGCUUUGAGUGCGUUUUCCAUUAAUUUCUUCCUGGGAAAUGUACCAUGUGAUUUAAAAAAAAUUCUGUGCAUCACCAUGUAUUGCUAUUGGCUAUAAGGCAAAACACAUUUUACCAAAAACUCAUAAAAGAUGCAGAAAGCAUGAUUUGUGGAAAACAAAGUUCACUGCCCCCUUACACAACACAUCGAUGUGAACAGCUUCAUAGAUUAUAAUGACAACUAGUUUUCAUGAGCUUUUAUUAUGCUGUGAUCCUGGGUUGUAGGGCAUAU